CCUCAAACGUUCGUCAAUGACCGAGUUCAAACAUUGGUUCUUAUAUAUAACUCUAUGCAUUACUCACAUAUGUACAUGCCGCAGUUUAGUAUGUCUUGACGGUCGUACACGAAUGUUGACCGACGCUUGAAAUUGAUGUUGGGACCAAUAUUGAGAGUGUUGUAUGUUGACGCGCGCACAUUUACAACUUUAAAAACGACAAACAAUGUUGUUUGUAAACAAACUUUUAUUACAAGAAGCACGGAAUGAAAGGAAGCUGCUGACAUGUCUGUACUGUAGUGGUCUUCGCAGGAAGUAUUGCAGCCAUGGAAAGUCGCAUCGAAGGAGAGUUGUCGUCACUGGUGUUGGAGUAGUUUGUCCAUUAGGUUCAGGAAUCAAGUACGUAUGGCCCAAGCUCUUAGAUGGCUCAUGUGGACUGUCAAACGUCUUGGGCCCAGGGUAUGACAAGAUUCCUUGUCAAGUUGCCGGUUAUGUACCAAGAGGUGACAAAGAUGGGGAGUUUAACAUCACACAUUUUGCAUCAUCAUCGGAGCAACGUACAAUGGCAGAGGCGACAGUUUUUGCGUUGGCUGCAACUCAAGAAGCACUGACACAAGCUGAGUGGUUUCCAACAACUCAGAAAGACAUGGUUGCCACUGGUGUGGCAGUUGGCAUGGGAAUGGUUAGCCUUCAAGAUAUUGUAGACACGGGCAUCAGUCUUCAAAAUCAGGGAUACAGGAAAGUCAGCCCAUUUUUUGUUCCUCGUAUUUUGACCAACAUGGCCGCCGGUCACAUUGCAAUCAGAUACAAGUGCAAGGGUCCGAAUCAUGCAGUAUCCACAGCAUGUACCACCGGGGCACAUGCUAUCGGAGAUGCCUCUAGAUUCAUCCGAUAUGGAGACGCUGACGUUAUGAUUGCUGGGGGCACUGAGGCCUGCAUCUGCCCUCUAGCCUUGGCUGGAUUCGCAAAGGCAAGAGCGUUGAGUAAGAACUUCAACGAGGCACCCCUAAAGUCUUCCAGGCCCUUCGAUAAAGACAGAGAUGGUUUUGUGAUGUCGGAGGGCGCUGCCAUUGUAAUAUUAGAGGAGUAUGAACAUGCAGUCUCUCGUGGCGCCAACAUACAAGCAGAAGUCCUGGGAUAUGGACUAUCAGGUGACGCUAAUCACAUGACUGCCCCGACUGGGGACGGUGAAGGUGCGGAGCUCUGCAUGAGGGCAUCUGCAAAGGAUGCUGGGAUAGCAAUGGAGGAUGUGACGUAUAUCAACGCUCACGCUACCUCAACACCUCUCGGUGAUGCGGUUGAGAAUCAAGCUAUUAGGAGACUCUUUCCCAAUCACAAGAACCAUCCCUCUGUCUCCUCCACUAAGGGUGCUACGGGUCACCUCUUAGGAGCUGCUGGGUCUCUGGAAGCCGUCUUCACCGUCAUGGCUUGUAGAACAAAAACCUUACCACCGACGAUAAAUCUUCAAUCCACUACAGUAGAUUUUGACCUGAACUACGUACCUCACCGUGCCCAGCCAUGGAGUGUACCAAAUAGCCAGAGGCGAAUAGCCUUGUCCAACUCAUUCGGUUUCGGAGGGACAAAUGCAAGCUUAUGUAUCACUGAGUACUGUAGGUCGUGACAUAGAUGGGCAUGAUGUUCUUGCUACAUUAGUCUGAUUUGUUUGCCCUCGAAAAUAAGGGCUAAAGGCCAAGUCACACUGCAGCGAUAACGCAAAACGAUAACAAUAAUGAUA